GUGAUUUGCGAUACUCUAACAGUUGAGAUACUCAACCAAGACGAAAGAUUUUUUUUCUGACCAUCUUCUUUUAAGUUUAAUGUAAUUUUGUGAUUUUAUUUUUAACCAAUAUGUCUGUAAACAAAUUCGUGCUAAUUUUGAUUGCACUAUGCACCUUGCUCAACACAAUCCACAGAUCAGAAGCUGUCGUCUAUCGACUGAUAACAGAAACCCUUCAAAAUAAUAUUGCUGGCGAACCUAUUACCCACGAAAGAACAAAUUGGGAUUUUAAUCCAGAUAUUAGCAAAGCUCGUCGAGGUCUAUUUUAUGAGAAACAUGGCUUUCGAGCUUCAAAAUUCAUCGAAAGUCUCGGUAUUGGCAUCGAUGGCAGAGAGCAGGAACGUCGACAGGAACAACAAAUUCGUGAUAUUGGUAAACUUAAUGGAGAGCAUUACCGCAAUUCGCCAUGAAAUUUAAACAUCGAAUCAAUUUAACUAAUUUA